GAUAACCGACGAGAUAUCAUUGUCACUGCUAUAACGUACCGCGCUAUCAUUCGUACUCGUGCGCAGGCGCAGCCGCCAAUAUAAUGUGGAGUUCAAGAGUUUCAUACGGCGUAAGAGCGAAUUAUUUGAACAAGUUGCGGGCGGUCCGACAUUUGCAAUCGGGUGUUAAAGACAGCUACCUAAAGAAUCCAGGAUCUGAACCGCUGACAACAGCAACACUUGGCCAAGUACUAGCGGAGACUGUGAACAAGUACCCCGGAAGAGUAGCCAUACGAUCAGUUCACGAAGAUGUUACCAUCACAUACGAGCAAUUGUUAAAUCAGGCGGAUUCUUUGGGAUGUGCAUUACGAGCCCAAGGGCUGCAGAAGGGCGAUAGAUUGGGUCUGUGGAGUCACAACGCCGCCGCGUGGCUCGUUACUUAUGUGGCAGCAGCUAGAGUCGGACUUAUACCGGUAUUAUUGAAUCCCGUAUAUGAAAAACCGGAGCUCAGUUUUUGUAUAAAAAAGACUGGAAUAAAAGGUUUGCUUAUAAAUGACAAGUUGCCGAACAAAGACUAUUAUGGGAUGCUAAGAGAAAUGAUACCUGAGCUGCAAACUUCAAAACCAGGCGCUCUCAGAUCUGAUGUCUUCCCAACACUGACUACUGUAAUCACAGCUGGCAAAGAACAGUUGCCCGGAACAUUAUCAUAUGAUUCUCUGAUCACAUACAAUAACAACGAUGCUACGAAAUACGGCGCGGAAAUUAAACCUGAAGAGGGAUGCAUCAUCCAUUUAACUUCUGGCACAACAGGUGAACCGAAAGCAGCAUUGGACUCCCAUAAUAACGUAGUUAACAACACCUACUUCAUCGGAAAGAGGAACUCCCUCCAUGAAGAGCACCAUCGAGUUUGUUUACAGGCGCCUUUGUUCCACGCGUUGGGGUCGAUAGUAACAACCCUGGCAGGUCUAAGACACGGGAGUACAUUGGUUUUAGCUGCUCCCAGCUAUAACGUCCAUUCAAACAUCAACGCUUGGUUUGCUGAAAAAUGCACCCUUAUCACUGGAACUCCAACGAUGUUUAUAGACCUGUUAGCUCAAGUUAAAAACAAAGGUGAAACGCCACCGCCGCUGCGAAUAGCACUUGCCGCCGGAGCACCAUGCAGUCCGCAGCUCAUCAAAGAUAUGCAACAAUAUCUUAACACCGAAACAGUCAAGGCUUUGUAUGGACUGACGGAGACCACGGCGUCAGUAUUCCAAUCUUUACCUGGAGAUAGCACGGAACUUGUCUCUGAGACUGUGGGAUAUAUACAAGAUCACGUUGAAGUCAAGGUAGUCGAUGAUAAUGGUAACGUUUUACCCUUCGGUAGCUCCGGUGAACUUGUGGUACGCGGCUACCUCAAUAUGAUUGGAUAUUGGGACGAACCUGAGAAGACGAGAAAGGCUUUUUACGAAGGUGGCUGGCUUAGAACAGGCGAUAAAUUCACGAUAAGCGAGGACGGAUACGGCAGAAUAGUAGGACGUUUGAAGGAUAUUAUCGUGAGGGGUGGCGAGAACAUCGCGCCCAAGGAGAUCGAAGACCUACUGAACACACAUCCGAGUAUUAUAGAUAGCCAGGUAAUAGGAGUAUCAGAUGAGAGAUUAGGCGAAGAGUUGUGUGCUGUUCUGCGACUCCGUGAGGGAAGCACUGUCACACCGGACGACCUGAGGCGACACUGCACGGGUCACCUGGCCAAGUUUAAGAUUCCCAGGAUAAUUAAAGUUAUAGACGAAUUCCCGAAAACGACGUCGGGAAAAAUACAGAAAUAUAAGCUGAAGGAGAUUAUAGAGGCUGGAAAAUUAUGAUAAACUUUAUAUUUUUAUAGAUAACGUUUUUUUGUACAUAGAUAGUACUUACAUUAAAUGUUAAAUAAAUAAUACAUUUAUAAAUUA